CAUGCACCUGGUGAGGGAUCGCGUGUGCACUUGUUAGAUGUUAAAUCAUCAACUCGUGACAAUCCUCCCAGGGGGGAGGAGAUAUGCAAAAUCUCCGUGCUGUUGAACUGGCUCGAAGGCAAUUUGCCUGGCAAUGGAAUAUCAAAAUCAGGUAGAUCCUCUUAGGGGGUCCUGGUGGUCCGGUUCCUGCGACAGGCCGGCAUUCUCGCCCUCGUGGCUGUAGCCGAACAUUCAGAAGAAUUUGAAAGGCUAAUGGAGCUUUCGGAGAAAUAUUCUGGCUUUGUAUUGCCAUGUCUUGGUGUCCAUCCAGUGCAGGUCGAUCCAUCAGGAGAACAGCGUAGUGCUACUCUACAGGAUCUGGAAGCUGCGCUACCAUUAAUAGAAAAAUAUAAGGAACGGUUACUGGCAAUUGGCGAGGUUGGAUUGGAUUUCACCCCUCGAUUCGCAAGCACCGAUGCUCAGAAGAAUGAACAGAGACAGGUCCUCAUCAGACAAAUUGAAAUAGCAAAGCAGCUGGAUUUACCUUUAAACGUUCAUUCUCGAUCUGCUGGACGCCCAACAAUUAAACUUCUAAAAGAACAAGGUGCUGAGAGAGUUCUGCUUCAUGCUUUUGACGGGAAACCUUCAGUGGCUAUGGAAGCGGUGAAAGCUGGAUUUUUCUUUUCAAUUCCACCCUCUAUUAUAAGAAGUGAACAGAAGCAGAAACUGGUGAAACAGCUGCCAUUGGAGUCCAUGUGCCUGGAGACAGACUCUCCUGCAUUAGGGCCAGUAAAACAGGUGAGAAACGAGCCUAAGAACGUAUUGGUCUCCUGUCAGUACAUCGCCCAGGUUAAAGGGAUUCCAGUGGAGAAAGUUAUGGAAGUCACAACACAGAACGCGUUCAGACUGUUCCCAAAGCUCCAGAAACUCAUGCGGCUGUAACAAGGAUCACUCUGCUAAACCAAGAGUGGUCUUGGAGACUUUAGUCGAUUGAAAACAAAUGUUGCUCUUUAUUUUCAAAAUAUUUAGGUUCAGUUCAAUUAAAAAAAAACAGCAAAUAUGUGCAAUGUUGCAUUACUCUCGGAA